AUUGCUUGGAGAAAGAAGGCGAGAGAGACACCGAGACAGACAAACAAGAGACAUUCAUAGGGUUUUUAGUUCUCACUCGUCCACUCAUGAGGAGGUACCAUGACAUUUUGGUCUCACGUUUGCAAUGUGCCGUCAAGCCUAGGAAUUUAAAGGCUAACAAUUAACAAAUACCAGAAGCAAGGGGAGGUGCAAAAGGAAAAUAUUAAGGUCCUUUUUCUUCUUGCAUUUGGUUUUUUGAGGGGGGGGAUUAAUUUUGUUUUACAAAAAUGGCAGCCAACUGUACUGCUAGUGCCAGCAAGACAAAAACCAAGAAGAAACACUUUGUGGCUCAAAAAGUGAAGCUCUUCAGGGCCAGUGAGCCCCUACUCAGUGUCCUGAUGUGGGGAGUCAACCACACCAUCAACGAGCUGAGCCACGUUCAGAUUCCUGUAAUGUUGAUGCCAGAUGACUUCAAAGCAUACAGCAAGAUUAAAGUGGACAAUCACCUGUUUAACAAAGAGAAUCUUCCAAGCCGUUUCAAGUUUAAGGAAUAUUGUCCAAUGGUUUUCAGAAACCUGAGAGAGAGAUUUUCCAUUGAUGAUCAGGAUUAUCAGCGAUCUUUGUCAAAGCUUCCAUCGCAGGAGCUGGAUAAAGUAACAAUGAACAUGGGUUUAGUCCGCCAGAAUUCAGUAACACGGAGUGCUCCCUUAAACAGUGAUGCGCAGAAUCGAAUGGGAGCUCGAUUCCUCACCACAUACGACAAAAGAUUUGUCAUUAAAACCAUAACCAGUGAAGAUGUAGCAGAGAUGCACAAUAUUUUAAAGAAAUAUCAUCAGUAUAUUGUGGAAUGCCAUGGCAACACACUUCUUCCUCAAUUCCUGGGCAUGUACCGAUUAACAGUAGAUGGAGUGGAGACCUAUAUGACUGUAACAAGAAACGUCUUUAGUCACAGACUCACGGUGCACAGGAAAUACGACCUGAAGGGCUCAACAGUAUCACGAGAAGCCAGUGGAAAAGAAAAGGCCAAGGAAUUACCAACACUGAAAGAUAAUGAUUUCCUAAAUGAAGGGCAGAGAAUUCACAUUGGAGACGAAAACAAAAAGAUGUUUUUGGACAAACUCAAGCGUGAUGUUGAGUUUUUAGCGCAGCUGAAGAUCAUGGAUUACAGUUUGUUAGUCGGCAUCCAUGAUGUGGAUCGUGCUGAGCAAGAAGAAAUGGAAGUAGAGGAGAAAGGUGAUGAAGAAGAUUGUGAAAAUGAUGGAAUGGGUCAUCCAGUUGGCUCGUAUGGAACCCCACCAGACAGUCCUGGAAACAUGCUGAAUUUCCCACGAAUUUUUGGACCAGGAGAGUUUGAUCCAACAGUUGAUGUAUAUGCUAUAAAGAGCCAUGACAUAAUACUGGCUGAUUUUCCAGAUGCGCCAAGGAAAGAAGUUUUCUUUAUGGCAAUAAUCGACAUUUUAACUCACUAUGAUGCAAAGAAGAAAGCUGCCCAUGCUGCCAAAACAGUCAAACAUGGAGCUGGUGCCGAGAUCUCCACCGUUAACCCCGAACAGUACUCAAAGCGUUUCUUGGAAUUUAUGUCUAACAUCAUAACAUAGUGCCCCUGUAGACAACACAUGACACGCACAACGAGACUACCAAUGUGUAGCGAAUGCAGGAACAUGAAAACUGAGGACGCUGUAGUGGUGCGUGCAGUAUUCGAUGUGCAGAGACUAAUCUCCAAAAUUGCAUCCUUUGGAAAUAAAACAAAAACACAACAAAAAAAAAUACUUGCUGGCAAACCUGCAUUGCCUGAAAUGUUGCAUUGCUCUUGAAGUUUUCCCGGCCAUGUAUUAUGAGUGUGUCUUUACUGGCGGCAGCUUCAAUGGCACUCCGUUAGCCAUGGUGAGACUUACUGUAUAAAUCUUAAAACCAGAAGGUGGGCACUUGAACGCAGUGAAGGACGAUGGGCACUUUAACAAUGGCAAGAAUCACUUUUUUUUUAAAAAAAACAAUUCAUAUUUUGUCCUAAUGGAGCAAAGUCACGGUAUUAUUUGCGUGUAUCUUUGUGACGCUGCACUCGUCCCAACCCUGGUUUCGCCAUUGCCAGGCCUUUGCCACGCUGUUUCUCAAAUGUUUUAAGUUGCCAUAUUGUCUAAUCGCAAAAAAAGGACUUCAGCAACUUUAUCAAUAAACCAACGCAACUAUAUAUAAGCUAUUGUUCGUUAAGGGUGGGUGGGUAGGGGAGGGAGGGGACAAUGUUUACUCGAGUGAAAAUUUACAGUAGGAUGCCACAUAUCCAGAUUGAGUCUGCAUCUGAUUAUGCAGUGUGCGGAACAGCCAUCAAUCCAUCAGAUGUGAUUUGGGUAAAUCAUUUGGCUUUGUGGCAUUCCUAAUGUAUUCUAAAAGUUUACUUUUAUUUGUUACUCAACAGGAGGGCUCGCGUUUACUUUGUGAGCUACUUGGCUUUAUAAAAGAGUACAGUCUGUAAUUGUGCUUUAAGCUAAUUAUUUGGACAAUGUGGCAUUUUGUCUGCUAGGUCAAUAGACAUGAGUAAAAAAGUGAUUUUUUUUUAAAAAGAGCUAACUCCUUUGUAAGGGACUUUUUAAAAGACUCAACUUCUCUCAACAAAGUAUUGCUAUUUGCUGUUGAAUCUUGUUACAAAGAGGUAGCUGUGACAAUAAUGUUACUUGGUAGUGCUUUUGUAAAACUACCCGAUUUGUCAAUUUUUGAAUCCUUAACAAGCCUGAAAUAUUAUGAAAAUGCUGUAGCAAUAUUUGUGCUGUUUUAAAAGAACAUUCUGGGUAUAUGAAAACAUGAUUAAAGCAGGCAAGCAUCAAAUUUGAACCAUUUAAUUGUUGCUUGCAAGAACUAUUAGAAGGAAUUGAUUGGCACUUUAACCCCUCAAAUAACAAUUUUGUGUAUCGCUGUUAUGUAUAGCUUAACACAUAUUAAAGGAGGGAUACUGCAGGUGAGAUUAAUCUGCAUUUGGCAGUGACUAAGUGAUCACUAAUAGAUAUGUACAUGCCUCCGAUCAGUAAAGAGACUACAAAUUAA